GUUUUCCAUUUCUUUUCCUGCUCCGUACCCCUGGCUCGUCUUAACUUCUCCACCGCCGUAAUCUGCAAAUACGAAGAACGUCUACUUUAAGGCUGGUAUGUAUCGCCAAUUCAAUAACGAACACCGGAACACGGCCAAUAAUAAUACAUAAUUACAAUCCCCGCACCUCAUAACAAAAUCAGUGGGAAGCAAAAUUGAUUACAUCAAUUGAGAACAAUAGCUGUAAUCGUAAUCAAUUUUGGUUCUAAAGGAUUCGCACCUCUUAAUUUUUUAUGGUAGAACAAUAGCACGUGAAUCUCGAUCACGUAUAUUCUCUUGUCGUUGGUAUGGCCGUAUGAGUUAUUACUAAUUCUUUGAAUUCAUCUAGUUCGAUCAUUUAUAUUCAUGUUCUUAUAGCAAUUUAAUUGUUGCUCUGCGUAUAUGCUAAGCUAUCUGGGUUAUGGAGGAGCAAGACAGAAUCAGUGAUCUCCCUGCGGAUAUACUUGACAAGAUUAUGGGAUUAUUGUGGAUUGGAGAAGCCGCUAGAUGUGCCGUCUUGUCCACAGCUUUGAGAAAUGCUUGGUACAAUCUUACCGAGCUUGAUUUUGAUGAGUCCUUCUAUGAUAACAUUUACUCAGAUUGUGAUGAAGACCCAGCCAUAUGGCAUGAUAUAGUAAACGGUUACCUCAACAAGCACAAUGGAACCAUUAGAAAAUUUGUAGUCUAUUUCCGGCUUCAAGCGUGUAAGUGUGAAUUCAGUAAGUUGUUCCGUUCUGUCACAAAGAAAGGUGUUCAAGAUCUCGAGAUUGUUCUAUAUAGAUUUGGUGGUACGAGAUACUCGCUGCCGUCCUGCAUCUUUAAAUGCCCUACACUGAAGAUUUUUAGUGCCACUGGUGUUCAAAUAGACCCAAUUAAAGCUCAUUUCAUAUUUCCCAAUGUCACUUCUCUUGUUUUUUAUGGUGUUCGUUUUUGUCCAAGGAGUCCUAAUCUUCACGCUCUUGAAGUUCCAAUUCUCCAAAGCUUGAAGUUUUGUGGAUGUAAAGACAUCUCCUAUUUUAACAUUAAUGCUCCGAAACUUUGUAGUUUAUCCAUCAUAGAAUGUUUCACUAGCAUUGCUACUGGCUAUGAAAAUCACUACUAUGACGACUAUGAAAAUGUCUUUGAAAAGUGGCUAUUUAAAUCCACAUACGAUGAAAGCAGUUACGAUAGCGAUGAUAGAGAUAUGUUUUGCUAUGACCCUGUCAAGGAAGAAGACAUGUGUGAUGGUGGAUUUCUCCCUAUGAACUUGUAUUUGGGAUCUUUUUGUAGACUUCACUUGUCUUUUUUUGAUAUUUGGGUAUGUGUCCUAAGCCAGACGCUUUAUGCAGACUAUCCAUUUAUUUUACAUGUUUUAUAGAACAUGAUCUAACUUUAUUUUAUAACUUCUGCAAGGAAAUCGUUGACGAGUUUAGUAGAAUGAGACUUCCAAUGCCAGCAUUAGAUGUGCAGUACCUAAACCUCACAGGUGUCUUUUUUACAGAUUCAGAUUGGAUCUCUAAGUUUGUGAGUUUCCUACAAAGUUGCCCAAAACUAUGCGAACUUGAUAUAUGUUUUCAGGUUAAGGAUCAUGAAUCUUCUUCGGGUGUUUAUAAUCUACUUUACAGUCACAACAUGCUCAAAACUUUGAAGUUUAGAUUAUUCUCAGGGUCCAAAUCUGAAGUGCAAUUUCUAACGAGGCUAAUAGCCUGCUUCCCAACAUGCAAGAAGGUGUCUAUUUUUUGCGAGAGAAGGUUCGGGUCCAGGAAGAAGGCAAAUAUUAAAGAGGAGAUUCUGAGUUCUAGUUGUCUUUCAUCAACGGCAAAAAUUUAUUUGAAGUAUAACAAAGAUGCAUUAGGGGAAAUAUCUAGAUAUUACUAAAAAUAUAGUGUUUUCCUAAUGUAUGACUAGGGAGUGUUUAGAACUGAUUCUGCUUUUGCUUCUUGUUUAAAGCAGAAGCAUAAUCAGUUUUAGGAAGUUGGUCUCCCCCAACUUUUAAAAAAUUUCUUCUAUGAGAAAAUUAGAGCAUCAGAAGUACUUUUGCACUUUCAUCUAAACAUUGCAACUUUUACUUCUGCUCCCUGAAGAAGCAGAAACAGUUUUAAGAAUUAGAUCCAAACAACCCUCAAUUAUGUUU